AUGGCGAUUAAACAGGUCCAGCCCAAUGGUUCUCGUGCUUCAUGGAAUCAUUCCAACCGCAUCUAUGCCAUCCUCCGAUACAAUUACAUCGUCUUUCCUUGUACUCUGUUGCUGACCUUCUACGGGCUCAACAAGCUAGUUGACUACACCGGAUACUAUGCUCAAGUAUCUGAGCAGGGCUGGACGAGGUCCGCCACUAUCCAUGCGGCCCUGUCUGCGUUGUUUUUCUUCAUUCAGAUCCCUCCGUAUGCGAAUACUAUCGGCUUGUGUUUGCCCAUGCAGCCCUACAAAUACUCCAAAGGCCCAAAGACAAGACGCCUCGGCACUCUGAGGGUCUGCCUCGUCACCAAGGGGACCAACGUGCAGGCCGCAAUUAAGUCCGCACGCUGCUGGGACGUUCUCACUCAGCGUAACCAUCCCUCGGUGCGAUUCCAUGUCCUGGUGGACAACGACAAUGGCGACGAGUUUCGCCAGCAGCUGCCGUCGUACAUCACUGUGGACCAAGUGCCCAAGCACGUCCCUUCGAAGAAAGCCAUGUACAAAGCGCGGGCUUUGGAACAUUUCCGUCAGAAAUACAAGCUAUCCAAGGAAGACUGGGUGCUGCACCUUGACGAAGAAUCCGAGAUCGAUGAGCACGUCAUGGUUACUUCGUUAGACUUCAUUGAGCGUGGAAUAGCGCUGUUCGGUAAUGGAACCAUCUACUACACGUCGACCAAUCAUUGGACAAGCACAUUUUUAUCUGCAGCCGAAGUCGUCCGUCUGGCAGAGGACUACGGCCGCUUCCAUCUCCCGUUCAAGACGUUCCAGCGCCCACUUUUGGGCUGGAUCCAUGGCAGCUGGAUGCUCAUCAAUGGCGAGGUGGAGAACACCAUUGGAUGGGACACCGACAACGUGUGCGAGGAUUACUGGUUUGGCUAUCACGCUGCCAAACAUGGCUUCAAGUUCGAAUGGGUGCAUGCAUUGUUUCGCGAGCAGCCCCCGGUCAGCGUGAUGGAUUUUUGGAGGCAGCGUCGCCGCUGGUAUACUGGUAUUUGGGCGACGAACAAAAUCACCGUGCGGCUGGCGCUGAUUGCAGCUGGACUGGGCGGGCUUGGGAUCUUCGUCUUCCCCAUUGUCGCCAUCUUCGGCCUCCGCGCUGUGGUCCCAUCCUGGUACUGGACUUGGAUGCUGUUCAAUGAUGCGUCGAAUCUGCACGUCCUCGUUGUUGCGGGGAUUCUGCAAGAUCUCAGUGUCAAGGAUAUUUCCGUUGUAAGUAUUGUGUAUCAUGCUAUGAUGUCGGUGGUCCUGUCACCCUUUGCACAUAUUCUGCAAACGGUAGCGCUGGCCUCGGCACUGGUGGUUCCUUCGAAGGGCUACGUUGUCAUCGAUAAGACUUAG